UGACAGCUGUUAUUGUAGUUUUUAAUGGCUGCAUUCCUGUGAGGCCACACGGCAGAUUUUUUGUUUUCAAUGCCUUGGCACUCGUAUUGUCAGUGUUUUAUGACUCGUGGUGGAAAUACUUGAGAUCAGUGUUGACCAGCGGAAAUGGAGACCUCUGUUUUGUUUGAAGACAGGACCGACAGAGGAGUCUUUUGCAUGCUCCUGCUCCUCUUGCUCUGCUGCGAUGGAGGGAAAUGUGAGCUUCAGGAAUCAAAACCUGCUCCUUCGACCAACUUCCCCAGUGUCAAACCUUUCCAGAAUGAACCGCAGGCCUUCCCCAAUGAGGAGAGGGCCAAUCUUCCUGUGUUUACGAUGGACUACCCUCGAAUCCAGGUCCCCUUUGAGUUUACGUUGUGGAUACUGCUGGCCUCUUUUGCCAAAAUUGGUUUCCACAUUUACCAUAAAAUCACCAUCUGGAUCCCAGAAUCCUGCCUCCUUAUUGGCAUUGGCCUCAUUGUUGGCGGCAUCAUGCACUCAGUCAAAGAGGAGCCCCCUGCUGUCCUCAGCUCCAACGUCUUUUUCCUCUACAUGCUGCCACCCAUCGUCCUCGACAGUGGCUACUUCAUGCCCACCAGGCCGUUCUUUGAAAACAUUGGCACUGUGAUGUGGUACGCCGUGGUGGGAACCCUGUGGAACAGCAUCGGCAUCGGGCUUUCCCUCUUCGCCAUUUGCCAGUUUGAAGUGUUUGGACUUCAAGAUAUCAACCUGCAGGAGAACUUGCUGUUUGCCUCCAUCAUCUCGGCCGUGGACCCCGUGGCUGCUCUGAAUGUGUUUGAGGACAUUGGAAUCAAUGAGCAGAUAUAUAUAGUCAUAUUUGGAGAGGGACUCUUCAACGAUGCUGUCACUGUGGUACUUUACAACAUGUUUGCGUUUUUGGCAGACAUGCCUAUUGUUGAGUCCGCUGAUGUGUUUCUGGGAGUGGCCCGGUUCUUCGUGGUGGCAGUUGGGGGCGUCCUCUUUGGCCUUCUGUUUGGAUUUGUGGCUGCGUUCACCACACGUUUCACACACAACGUCCGUCCAAUCGAGCCCCUCUUCGUUUUCAUGUAUAGCUACCUGGCGUACCUGGUGGCCGAGUGUUUCGCCAUUUCCAGCGUCUUGGCCAUCAUAACAUGUGCCAUAACCAUGAAGUACUAUGUGGAGGAGAAUGUAUCCCAGAGAUCCUGCACCACCAUCCGCCAUGUUGUCAAGAUGCUGGCCACCAUCUCUGAAACUCUCAUCUUCUUCUUCCUGGGUGUUGUGACAAUAACCACUGAGCACGAGUGGAACUGGGCUUACAUCCUGUUCACGCUGCUGUUUGCCUUCAUCUGGAGAGGAAUCGGCAUUCUGGUGCUGACCCAGAUCAUCAACCCGUUCCGUACUAUCCAGUUCAGUUUCAAGGACCAGUUUGGCCUCGCCUACGGAGGCCUGCGAGGGGCAAUCUGCUUCGCGCUGGUCUUCACCUUGCCUGACAACAUCAACAGAAAGAACCUGUUUGUCACUGCUUCCAUUGCGAUGAUCAUAUUCACUGUUUUUAUACAGGGCAUCAGCAUCCGUCCUAUAGUCGAAUAUUUAAACAUCAGGAGAACCAACAAAGACCUGCACACCAUCAAUGUGGAGGUCCACACCAGGGCGAUGGAGCACAUUGUGUCCGGUGUUGAGGACUUGUGUGGACAAUGGAGUCACUAUUACUGGAAAGACAAGUUUAAGAAGUUCAACGAUCGUGUUUUGAGGCGUAUCCUGGUCAGAGACAACAGGGCUGAGUCCAGCAUUGUGGCUCUGUAUAAGAAACUGGAGUUGCAGAAUGCCAUCGAGUUACUGGACACACCCGUGGGAGACCUCAGCGCAGCGCCAUCUCUUGUUUCUUUGCAUGACGAGAAGAAGGAGGCUUCUCGACCGAAGAAGAAGUUCCUGGCUGCUGACGUGAGGAAAAUGCAUGACAUCCUGUCAAAGAACAUGUACAAGAUCAGACAAAAGACGAUGGCUUACACCAACAAGUACAAUCUGCCUGACGACAGCCGAACCAGGGAGAUUCUGAUUCGCAGACACGCGAGCAUCAGGCACAGCAUCCGUGGCAGAAGUUUUCGUGAGCUGCAUGAACAAAACAUCCCCAGGUCUCAAAAGUAUUACUCCCUGCAGCCUGGAGGGGACCUGGAGACUGCCUUUGCUCUCAGAAGACGAAGUCAUGGUGGUGGUAGUGUUGACGAGGACCAUCUCUCAGCUCGUCCCCGGUUGUCCGGUGUUUCGCCGCGUUCCUCGUCCCGCUCUUUACAUCUGAGGAGGUUGAACACAAUCCAGGAGUUUGGACAUGCUGGGGAGCAGCCGGCCGCUUCCUCCUACAGGGUUGAUGUUGUGGACGAUGGUGAUCCUGGGAGUCUGGGAGGUUCUGACCUCAGAGGCAGACGAGCACCAGUUCCUGCAUCCAGGAGGCGCAGCUCAGACUGGGUAGAUCAAGACCAAGACCCCACUGACUCUCAGCAAACAGGAGAAAGCGCUGAACCAGUGCGUCCUCCCCAGCUGCCACCACCUCGUGGCUGGUUACCUGAGAACCAGGACCCCAGAGAAGAUGGUGCAGGAAACCCCCUGCUUAGACACUCAUCACAGGGGUCUCGGGGCUCACAGAGAUCAUGAUGGACAGAGAGGUCAGAUGUUCAUUGGCACAAGAGUGUUUGCACACGCAGACAUGUCAGUUUUCAUGUGUGUGCAUGUCAUGUUAAUAUGCCUCACUGGUCGUCGGCAAAGAUCAAACGACUUUGGGAUAUUUAAAAUAAGCAUGCAUUGUUUUUUUUAAUACAUAUUAAAACAUUAAAACAUUUGUGGUAACAAUUAUAUGUGGAUAAAAGUAAAGACCUCAGCUGUCUUGUAUUAUGUUUACCUGAUGGCACCUUCCCACUUGUGCAACACACAGGUGAGCUCCACUGGUGUUAACCUGUCUGGAUGAUCUUAUUUCCAUUUGCUUAAACUUUAGUCUCACGUUAAAUGACUGGAGAUAAAUAUUUGCUUCAGGACGUAGAUCCAGUGUGGUUACCUGAUGCAUCUGGAUAUGGAGUUAUAUUACACUGUUGUAUUCUGCCAUUUAACCAGCACAUUUGAAACCAGGCAGAGGACCCACUGGUACUAUUAAACUCAGGGAAGAGGAGAGAGAGCGCUGACUCUCUCCCUCGUUUGUUUUA